GUGACAGUCAAUUAAGGUUUCCUUUUCAAGAUUGUUAUAGUUUUACUAGCAACCUAAUGUGGAUAAAAAAACACAAAGAAGAAUUUGAAGUGUCUAAAAAGCCAUAUGAAAGCGUGUUGUUAACCUUCAAAGGCGUUGAUGGCUGGGAUGUCUACAAUUGCUCAGUGCCGUUUUUAUGGAAAGGCAAACGACACAUCUACGGCCGUGUAGAGAGGCGCGAGGAGUGGGCGAAUUCUCACGUACGCCUUUUUAUGGAAACCGGAAAAGACGAGUUUACGGUGCUUCCAGAGUGCUUAUUGGAGUUGGAGGAUCCGUACAUACAAAAAAUCAAAGGGGCGUUUAUUUUUGGUGGUACCCACACGAGGAAAACCCAAAAUGACAUAUUCAGUUACUACGGACACUUUUUCCGAGGCUUUCCAGAGGAUCUUCACUACUUCACAUCCGGGCCGAAUUACAUGAAGGAUAUUCGAUUAGUAGACCUAAACGACGGGAGGAUUGGAGUUUUCUCCCGUAGACGCGACGAGGAGGCGAUUUAUGUCGGUUUUACCACUAUUGAUAGUAUUGACCAUUUGAGUACCGAGGUGAUUGCCGCGGCGACGCCGCUCAAUUUAUUCGAGGAUGGGACCUGGGGUGGUGUCAAUCAAGCUUACCUCCUCUCCAGCGGGAAAGUGGGCUGUAUUGCACAUUACAGCUUCUCUGAUAAGUCGCCAACGUGUGAGGCAUGGUCCGUUUACACCAAUUUCUCCUUUGUGUUUGAUGUCGAGACCCGACAGGUCAUAAAUCCAAAGAUAAUUGGGACCAAGAGCAGCUAUCCUACUGCACCGGCUAAAAUUCCUUUGCUGGAAGACUGUGUGUUUUCCUCUGGGAUUGUAAAGCGAGCGGAUGGCAAAUAUGACCUCUACUCUGGUGUAGCGGACACAUGCCAGGGCCGUAUCACCAUUGAUUUUCCGUUUGAGGGAUAUGGCGAGAUAGUAGGGGAUCUUAAUUUUUAGAUUUAAGAAGGAAACUAAUGUAUUUAUAUGGAAAUGAUUUUUUUUUAUAUUUGUUAUUAUACAACAUCAAAAAUAUAACUUGACUGAGUAAAAAUAGUGAUUAUAAAUGUGUUAAUAUCACAUUAGACUAUUUGGAAAACGUACAAUCCAUACACAAAA